CCUCUCGAGAUGCCCGAGAAAAAAGGAACGUGGGGAAGAGGAAUCGACGAAGAAUCCAAGAAAGAGCAGCGAAGGAAAAGCGUGAGGCGAAAAUUUGCGAAUAUUGAUGUUAGAAGGUGCUAAAUCAAUAGGUGCCGGAGCAGCUACAAUUGCUUCAGCGGGAGCAGCUGUCGGUAUUGGAAACGUCUUCAGUUCCUCGAUUCAUUCCGUGGCGCGAAAUCCCUCAUUGGCUAAACAAUUAUUUGGUUAUGCCAUUUUGGGCUUUGCUCUAACCGAAGCUAUUGCAUUGUUUGCUCUAAUGAUGGCCUUUCUGAUCUCAUUCGUCUUCCGAUAGUAAAC